AUAAUUCGUACCGCCUUACCAAACAUGGACCGUGAGGCCCGCCAGGAGUACGAUGUCGUCAUCCAGGCCAAAGACAUGGGUGGUCACAUGGGAGGGCUGUCAGGGACCACAGAAGUUAAAAUCACCCUCACAGAUGUCAACGACAACCCUCCAAAAUUUCCACAGAGUGUGUACUCGAUGUCUGUGUCAGAGGAUAAAGUCGCAGGAGAGGAGGUGGGCCGUCUUAAAGCUAAAGACCCCGACCUUGGAGACAACGGGCUGGUGAACUACCGCUUAAUAGAUGGAGACGGAAUCAACAUGUUUGAACUGACCACGGACUCCGAAACCAGAGAAGCUGUGAUUAAACUGAAGAAGAUGGUGGACUUUGAGACAAAAAGGUCAUACACUCUGAAGGUGGAAGGAUCCAACCCUUACAUUGACCCCCAGUUCCUUGCCUGGGGCCCUUACAAAGAUGAAGCCACAAUAAAGAUAUCAGUGGAGGAUGCAGAUGAGCCUCCUGUCUUUAUAGCUCCAAGUUACACUUUUGAGGUCGAGGAGAAUGCCCCUCCAGGCACUCCGGUGGGGCGAGUUCAUGCUAAGGACACUGAUGUUGCCAACAAUCCUGUCAGGUACAUGAUCCCUCGGUACACAGAUGUAGAGCAGUUCUUCAGUAUAAACGCAGAAGAUGGCAUGAUUACCACAACAAGACCACUGGACAGAGAAACACAGCCCUGGCAUAAUAUAUCUGUGUCAGCUACAGAGAUUGGGGGCCAUCACCAAGACACCAAAGUGCGGGUUAACAUCAAAGUGAAAGAUGUUAAUGACAACCCUCCAGAGUUCGCGACCAACAAUGAGGUCCUCAUGUGUGAAACUGUCGCACCGGGAAAGGUUAUCGAAACAUUGAGCGCAGUGGACAAGGAUGAGAUGGCUUACAGACAACACUUCACAUUCAACCUUGCUCCAGAAGUUGCUCAUAACCAUAACUUUUCCCUCAAAGACAACAGAGACAGCACAGCCAGUAUUUAUGUGCUCCGUAAGGGAUUCAGUCGUCUCACCCAGGAUGUUUACUACCUUCCCAUCGAGAUAAACGACAACGGUAUUCCCGCUAUGAGCAGCACCAACACCCUGACCAUCAGAGUCUGCUCCUGUGACAGCAAAGACACAAUUCUGUCUUGUAAUGUGGAGCCCUACGUCCUUCCUGCUGGCCUUAGCACUGGAGCCCUGAUAGCUAUACUGGCUUGUAUUGUCAUUCUGCUUGCAAUAGUAGUGUUGUUUGUUGCACUGAGGCGUCAGAAGAAAGAGCCACUGAUAGUUUUCGAGGAGGAAGACAUCCGGGAGAAUAUUAUCACUUAUGACGACGAGGGAGGCGGUGAGGAGGACACAGAGGCUUUCGACAUUGCCACACUGCAGAACCCAGAUGGUGCCAACGGUUUCCUGCCAAGAAAGGAUAUCAAACCAGAACUUCAGUAUCCCAUCAGGCCCGGCAUUGGCCGUCCUGCAGCCAACAGCGUUGAUGUGGAUGACUUCAUCAAGACUCGAAUUGCAGAAGCCGACAGUGACCCGACUGCACCUCCUUACGACUCCAUUCAGAUCUACGGCUAUGAAGGCAGAGGAUCAUUGGCCGGGUCAUUGAGUUCCCUCGAGUCUGUCACAACAGAGUCCGACUUGGAUUAUGACUAUCUGCAGAGUUGGGGGCCGAGGUUUAAGAAGCUGGCAGAUUUGUACGGGACCAAAGACUGCUCCAUUAAUGAUGCUGAUGAUGGUGAAGACUCUUAACAGUGGUCUCACUGAGUGGACGCCUCCCCGAUUUCUGAUUUCUUGAUUCCAUGAGGAUUUGUUAACUGAGGGUUAACACUCCCCAGUUCCCAACUGUUACCAACUACCAACUGAUCAGUUCAUGCCAAUUAGUCAACAAACGUUAACAGCUCCCCCUUCCAUGGCAACGCUCCAGUCCUCCAAGAUGAUUUGUCAAUGGACACAUUGUGAACAUCUGGACAUGAAACACUCCCGGUUUUCCCAAAUCUCCCUUGUCCUUUCUGUGUCUCUUUCCCACCUUCUAUUUCUACAGACUUGAACAUUGCAGGGCUGGGAGAUUUGCUAUGUCAGCAAUUUGUCUGUUUGGGAGUAAUUUGAUGGAAAAAACGUUGCUGUAUGGUCAAAAUGACUUGCUUUUAGCAAAAUGUUUAGUUUAUUAGAGGUUCUAUAUACUUUUGUGGACUGGAUUCACAUUCUUCUUUUAUGGUUAUUGAGGGAAAUUUUAUUCCCUUGAAAGGUUUCGGCGUGGAGAAAAUCCCCUUUGUUGAUCUCUCAAAGACAAAGAGGAAGGGAGAGAAAUAAAUUAAUUAAAGGAAGAGCUUGUGUGGAUUCCAGCAACUGCCUGAUGUUAUUAAAUAGAAAUAAAAUGUACAGAUGUGUUAGUAGGGUCAAAAAUCAAAUGGAAUGAUUUUGCCGACGUGUCGUGUGUGUGCCGAAUUCAGCAGGUACUGUCGCUUUGAUGGCAUGACCGACUCUGGGUUGUUGAUACUGUGAAGAUGCUCACAGCAUCUUCACAGUAUGGUGGCCUUAUAAUAAAUAAACAACAACUCCAGGGGUAAAAACACAACAAGAGUAAGGAGUAAGAGAAUGCUAUCUUCAGUAGCUACACAAAGACAAAGGAACACACAAGGACUGAAAAUACUACACAGAUACAAUUUUUCUACUCUCAAAAAGAGACAGACUCAACAAGGAUUCAAUUUUCAAACUGUGGAUGAUUCUUUGUUUUCAUUCUUCACUGCAGAGAAGACCUGAAAAGAAAAAGCUGCCCUUCUUCAUGCCCUCACCCUGUGUCCCCAUUCCUCACAACAACAAUCACUCCCCAUACCGAGUCUACCAACGAAUGAUCACUUCCUCAUUUGGAGUCCACUGAUGAUGAUCAGUCACAAUGAGUACAAACCUGUGAGCUCUAAAAAUCGCCUUAAACUUAAUAGACACUCUUGCAACGCAGUGCAUUCUCUUUUUUUUCCUCCUUUUGUUUCUUUUUGUAACUUGAGACGUAUAUUCAGAAAGCAAACUAUUCUCCAUGUUAGGUGUGUACAGAGCAACGUGCUGACGUGAUAUAUCACUUUGAGGAUCCAACCUGCGCCCCGCACAGUCUUUAGAUGGGAUGUACUGAGUCUGCCAGCACAGUAAAAUGUAGAUUGGUAAAAUGUGCAUUGUGUCUUUUUCCAGUACCGUGCACGGCAUGUUGGCGGCAACAUCUGUUGUAUCAACAUGUGUUGCUAUUUAGAGACUGGAAAAUAACAUAAGUAUGUUUUCAGAACCACAUUUGCUGAGGCUGAAACCAAAACAUCCUUUUUAAAUGUGUAGGUUCUUGGUCAAUCUCUUUUUUUUAAUGUUAUUAUAUUAUUAUGAUUAUUAUUGUUGUUUUCUAUUAUUAUUGUUAUCAUUAUUAUAACUGUUCUUUUACUGGCUGCAGCUACAUGGGAAGAAAUUUUGGUUUAACUCUUUGCAGCUCAGAUUUAAUAUCUGUACCGUUGCCUAAACGUGGAGAGACUACAUGGUAUUCUAGUCUCAUUUUUAGGCUGCCGUAAGAAAUUUACUGCUUAAAGUUAAACAGACUUGGUUUAUGCCUGUGUCAAUACAACCUUUCAUUUCUUUCAUUUUUGUUUCUCUUUUCAUUGUUUGGCAUUUCUUUGUUCUUUCUCCCUGUUCAAGAGGAAAACUAGCAAUUUGUGUUUGUUGCAGUGAGAGAACGCCUCGUUUUUAUUCUCUGUCAAGUUUUAUGGUACCAAUUUGUACAAUUUUAAAAGUUCUUAUUUUAGUAUACAUGCAGAAUAUUCCAGUAUUACAACAAAAACGUGUUAAGAAGAUAAAGAUUAAAAAAAAAAUGUUACAGCAUCACACUUAUAUUUUCUGAACAUUGUACUGUUGCUUUACUAUGUGCUUCAAUCUCCGAAGCGAAAAAAAAAGAAAAAAAACAACUUUGAAAUAAAUGCUCUUUUUAUAAAAUGA